AAUUUAUAAGCAUUUAAAGGUUUUUAAUUUUAUUUAAACUCAAAUAUAUAUUUUUUAAAAUGAGCAGCAAUACCGGCAACGUGCGCGCAUUGCCACAAUCCAAAGAAGCACUAUUAAAAUCGUACAAUACACGUCUUAAAGAGGAUGUACGCAGCAUGCUGGAAAAUUUUGAAGAGAUCAUCAAACUAGCACGGGGCGAAGGCGAUUCUCAAAUUUCUAAAACAACGCAAUGUGAACAAGACACUUAUGAAAUGCAAGUGCGUGCGGCGAAUAUCGUGCGCGCAGGCGAGUCACUCAUGAAGCUUGUAUCCGAUAUUAAACAGUAUUUAAUACUAAACGAUUUUCACUCGGUCAACGAGGCGAUCACCAACAACUCACAGUUAUUCCGUUCAAAACAAAUGGAAUGCGAUAAGAAAUUAAUGAAAUUGCGCGAUGAAAUGGCAAUGGAUUUAUAUGAUCUCGAAGAGGAAUAUUACACUAGCAUAUUUAAAUGAAAAUAAAGUAUAUUUUAAGUGCA